AUGGGAAGCACGAAGGUGACGUCGCGCGACGCCUCCGCGCCGGAAGACUCCGAGGCGGCGUCCCCUUCCGAGUCCACGCAAACGCCGAGGAAGCACGACUACUUCACCGACGUCCUGUUCAGCGACUUGGAGCUGUCUGAACCGUUGCUGAAGGGGCUCAACGAGCUCUCCUUCGAGCGCACCACUGAAAUUCAGGCCAAGUGCAUCCCGCAUCUGCUGCAGGGCAAGGACGUCUUGGGAAAGGCCCAUACUGGUUCUGGUAAGACCUUGGCAUUUUUGGUGCCCCUGGCGGAGGUACUGUUUCAAGUCAAGUUCCUCCCCAGGAAUGGUACUGGCGGUCUGAUCAUAUCGCCCACGCGUGAGCUCAGCGAGCAGAUUUUCUCCGUCGCCAACGACGUCUGCAAGUACCUGCCGCAGACCAUCGGUAUCGUGAUGGGCGGAACCAAUCGCAAGAACGAAGCGGAGCGUCUCACUCGCGGCGUGAACAUCCUCAUCGCAACUCCCGGAAGACUCCUCGACCACAUGCAAAACACCAACGGUUUCCUGUACAAGAACCUGCUGGUGUUCGUGAUCGACGAGGCCGACCGCAUCCUUGAGAUCGGGUUCGAAGAGGAAAUGAACCAGAUCAUCAAGCUGCUGCCAAAGAAGCGCCAAACGUGCUUAUUUUCUGCGACUCAUACGUCGAAGGUCGAGGACAUGGUGCGCCUGUCGCUGACCAACCCGGUGUUCGUCCAGGCGUGCUCCAAAGACGUCGCCACGGUGGCCACGCUGGAACAGGGAUACGUGGUAUGUGAGGCCGAGAACAGGUUCAUGCUGCUGUUCUCUUUCCUGAAGCGUCACCUCGACAAGAAGAUUAUGGUCUUCUUCAGCAGUGGGAACUCCGUGAAGUUCCACGACGCCCUUUUGAAUUACAUAGACAUACCUGCCAAGUCCAUCUACGGCAAGAAGCAGCAGAACAAGAGGUCUGGCGCGUACUUUUCGUUCUGCGGUGCCAAGUCUGGGAUCCUGCUGUGCACGGACGUGGCAGCCAGGGGCUGGGAUAUACCCAAGGUCGAUUGGAUCGUUCAGUACGACCCCCCAGCAGACCCCCGCGACUACAUCCACCGUGUGGGCCGUACGGCCAGGGGCGCCGACGGCGAGGGCAAGGCCAUCAUGUUCCUGAUGCCGGAGGAGUUGGGUUUUCUGCACUAUUUGAAGGAGCUGAAGGUUCCGCUGAGCAAGUACGAGUUCGAGCUCAGCAAGAUCGCAAACGUGCAAGUGCAGCUGGAGAAGCUGGUGGAGAAGAACUUUUACCUCAACCGCGCGUCCCGCGAGGCGUACAGGUCGUACUUGCAUGCGUACCUAUCGCACAGCCUUAAGGAUAUUUUCAACGUGCACUCGCUGGACCUGGUGAGGGUGGCGCGGUCGUUCGGUUUCUCCAACCCGCCUAAGGUUGACCUCAACAUAAAGCACGCCGACCGCAAGAAGCGACCGCGUGAGCACACUGAGAGCGAGGCGCGCCGAGAGCAGCCGUCGGCGAAUCUCCUGUCCAAGAAGAAGGCGGACAAGCGCCAGUUCGCGCGCUAA